CCUAGAAUGUGCUUGGUUGUAAUUUCUCAUUGGUCACUGUGCUGACCAAUGCCGGACCUGACAAUACUCAGACGUCGUCGCCAGAGCUCGCUGCUUGUGCUCUCACCGCGACAAGUUUAGAACGUGACAACAGGAUUUGAUCUGUAUAACUGUUGUGGAUUUGGCCAAAAGCGGAACUAUAUCAGACUGCGGAGAAAUAGUGGAAAGUAACGAAAAUAACGAGAAGGUUUCCCGAAGGCAGUUAUUCUCCUAGUCUGCUCUUAUUUGUGUAUAAAGUUGUAAACCAUGCAUUGUUUGAAAAUAUUACGGGUGACCAACGCAGCAGCUGCGCAAACCUUUGUGACAGACGCCACUAAAAAAGUGAUCAAAAAGUGUUGUUAUAACUGUUUAUUACCGGGUUGUCAUCGUACCGUUAAAAUUCACUGUUUCAACACAAGUUCAACAGAUCAGCACCGCAUUGGAACAACCUCAGAUAUGGACCACGUGCUUCCCAAACUUGAUGUAAAGGGUCUGUUCUCAGGAGUUGAAGAUAUGCUUUUCUACACCAUCACAGAUGGUCAGGAACAAGUCCCCGUCUCACACUUUAUCUCUGCCCUGAAGAAAACUGGUCUUAAUGCGUCAGACCCCCGACUGAAGGACUGUAUGGACAAGCUGCAACGCUCCGUAACGGAAUCCUUUCAUGACGUCAUGAUGGACCGGGAACUCUUCCACAAGUGUGUUGGUGGGAACAUAGUGCUUCUGAUUCAGGCCUUCAGAAAGAAGUUCAUCAUCCCUGAGUUUGAUGCCUUUGUAACAAAGAUAGAUCAAAUCUACGACACCGUCCAGAAAAACCAUGACGGACAUGUAGCAGUCUACAUUCCCCACCUGGCCAAGUUCAGUCCUGAUCUCUGGGGUGUGUCUCUGUGUACUGUAGAUGGACAGAGACACUCAGUAGGAGAAAGCAAGCAGCCCUUCUGCCUCCAGUCGUGUGUGAAGCCUCUGGAGUAUGCUGUGGCCAUUCACGAGGCUGGGACAGAGAAGGUACACCGCUAUGUGGGGAUGGAGCCCAGCGGACUCAAGUUCAACAAGCUCUACCUGGAUGAGGAAGACAAACCCCACAACCCCAUGGUGAAUGCUGGAGCCAUUGUCAUCAGCUCUCUUAUCAAGCCUGGCUCAAACAAGGCAGAGAAGUUUGACUAUGUGAUGGAUUUCAUCAAGAAGAUGGCUGGUCAAGAGUACGUGGGGUUCAGCAAUGCCACGUUCCAGUCUGAAAAAGAAACAGGCGACAGAAAUUUUGCAAUUGGAUAUUACCUCAAAGAGAAGAAGUGUUUUCCUCGUGGGGCAGAAAUGAUUGAUGCACUGGACUUCUACUUCCAGCUGUGUUCCAUAGAGGUGACCUGUGAGUCUGGGAGUGUCAUGGCUGCCACGCUGGCCCAUGGGGGCAUCUGCCCAAUCACAGGCGAGCGGGUGCUGAGUGCCGAGGCCGUACGGAAUACCCUGAGUCUCAUGCACUCCUGCGGCAUGUACGACUUCUCUGGACAGAUGGCCUUCCAUGUGGGCUUGCCUGCAAAGUCUGGGGUGUCUGGAGCGGUUCUGUUGGUUGUCCCUAACGUCAUGGGGGUGAUGUGUUGGUCACCUCCUUUAGACAAGGUUGGAAACAGUGUCCGAGGAAUACAUUUCUGCCAGGAGCUGGUGUCUUCGUUUAACUUCCACAACUAUGACAACCUGAGACACUUUGUCAAGAAACAGGACCCUCGAAGGCAGGACGGGGAUGAUAGGAACAAGUCUGUGGUGAACUUGAUGUUUGCAGCCUACAGUGGAGAUGUGUCAGCCCUCAGAAGGUUUGCUCUGUCCUCGAUGGACAUGGAGCUGAAAGACUAUGACUCUAGGACAGCUCUACACGUGGCUGCAGCAGAGGGUCAUGUAGAAGUGGUACGGUUCCUAACAGACACCUGCAAAGUGAACCCCUUUGUGAAAGAUAGGUGGAGCAGCAUACCCCUGGACGAUGCCCUGCAGUUUGGCCACGGUGCCGUGGUGAAGGUCUUACAGGAGUACCAGGUGGCUUGCCAGGAACAGGACAGACUACCAGUGGCUGAUAUCAUACCCAUCCCCCCUAAACUAGAGACUGUUGAAGGCAUGGUGUGACCAGGGGGGCCGUUGGGAUCAGGCUCUACCAUUAGCAGUGCUGAUCUACCAUCAAUUUUGGUGUAAUGAAACAGAUAAUUAUAGACAUUGAGGACCUGAUCCUAGAUCAGCACUCCUACUUGAUAAAUCAUUAGGCCCCAAACGGAAGAAAACGUACUGAAACAUGGAGGGACUCCAAGUCCAAUAACAAACACUCAUUUUAGUUUUCAGUUGCAAAUGGUAGUGUCCGAAGUGGCACUCUAUUUUAUAUAGGCCUUUAGUGCAUUCGUUUUGGUUAGUAGUGUGUAUGAGGAAUAGGGAUGCCAUUAGGGACGCAACCCUCUACACGCUUAGAAAAAGAUAUCUAGAACCUAAAAGGGUUCUUCGGAUAUCCCUAUUGGAGAACCCUUUGAAGAACCCUUUUUGGUUCCAGGUAGAACUCUUUUGGGGUUCCAUGUAGAACCCUUUCAAACCAAGUGUUCUACAUGGCACCCAAAAGGGUUCUACUUGGAACCAAACAUUUUUAAACCUGGAACCAAAAAGAACCCUUUUGGAACCUUUUUUUCCCCUAAGAGUGUAGUGCUACUCCUUCCACCAGGACUUGUCUCUCUGACGUCCCUGGGUGUGUCCCAAUAAAUUGUACUUUCUCCUGAAGUGUACACUUGUUCACUACUUCCCACAAAUCUAAAAGCAUUGGAUUGGUGGAGGCGUGGGCUAGUGGGUGUUUCCACCUUAUUUCUUAUACCAGUCAUUGUUCUUCAAAUCAGUGAAAUGCACCCUUUGGGAGGAAGGAGAUAUCUUUGGGACAGACUCCCUAUCUUGUAUGCAAUAUUUACUCCUCUCCUAGGCUGGAUUUAUAUACAGGAGGACACCUGAGAGUGAGGCUGGACAUGUACAGGAGACCUGUGAGUUGAGUGUUGGAGAAGUUCAACAUCAUGAGCGGGACGUUCAGUGUUCUAUCACGAAAAAUGUGUCGACAUUCUAUUUUUCCUGACUAAAACUAUGCCUAUAACGAGACGAGGUGCCCUCGAAAAUAUAACUAUGACAAAUGUUUUUCUGUUUGAGUUGAUGAAAAUGUAACGAGAUUUGACGUGACGCCCCUUUUAAUCUGUUUUGUCCAAUCAGAAGCAUGCAUACCUUUGCAGCAUAUUUAAUUAAAUUCUCUUAUUGGCUGAUAACAUCUGUCAUGCGCCUGGGCUACUUGAGUUUAUAGCCCUACCAGUCUUUCCAACACACACAGCUCCCAGGCGGUCGCUUCAAUCGUCUCUUUUUUGAACUGAUGCUCAGAGAACUUCUAAAUUGUAACUAACCUCUAUUCUGUUAAGAAACAAUCAUGUUCGAUAUUUUUUACUUUGAUCACAUCCGAAUCUAUACGUUGCCAUUUGCUGAUUCAUUAGUGUUGCCGCUCUCGCGGUACGCAAAUAAGUCGCAGUUACUUUUUUUCCCGAUUGGAAAUACUACUGCUAUUUACUGAAUAUCAGGAAUACAGCAAUAAUUCUGUAUUCGUUGGAAAGCUCUGAUUCUCCCCCUUUUUCAAUCGAGUCACUGUUAUUUUAACCCCGUCAGGCGGUUAUGAUGGUAGAAAACCACAGCUGUUAAUUGGUUAACCUGUAUCCAAUCACGGCUAUUGUUACUUCCACAAUAGCAAUUUUGCCAGCUACGUUAUAGCAGGGUAUACACACUAUACUAGUAAGCCUAGUUGGACAAGGCUGAAUAUGCACACGAUCAAAGUUAGGGAGAAGACUAAAUAUGAGUUAUUUAGUGGAAAAUGCAUUGAUUAAAAUAUGACUAAAACUACACAAAAAUUAUCCAGUUUUAUUCGACUGAUAGUUUCUAAAAGGAUUGAAAUGGCUCAAAUUUGACAAAGACUAAAAGCUAUUUUAGUCCCCCCCCCAAAAAAAAUGAAAACUGCUGGUUACCAGUCUGUGUGCCAUCAAGACAUAACACGUUUGGCACGACCAGGAGUGGACAUGAUAGCACACACACAUCUGGGACCAGGCUACAUAUAAAGAGGCGAGUUGCCUUGGUAGUGUUUUUUUUUAGCGAGGGGGCCUUUUUGCCAAUUAACAACACACAGCUGACCUGUCAAGAAACAGCUUCGUCGUUCUCGUCUGUGCACUUGGUGUUUACGUGUAUGCUGCAUCAGAGAGCGCCUUUUGGCUUUGCGGUUUACCGGUGAAGAUUAGCACGUUGUUGAUACAUGAGCUGAGGUUGUGCUACAAGGGCGCAACAGACAGACACUUCUAAGACCCAGUAAUGAUGACGGGGUUCAGAUAUCAUGGUGUCUGUUUCAGUAAUGAUGAAGGGGUUCAGAUAUCAUGGUGUCUGUUUCAGUAAUGAUGAAGGGGUUCAGAUAUCAUGGUGUCUGUUGUUUCAGUAAUGAUGAAGGGGUUCAGAUAUCAUGGUGACUGUUGUUUCAGUAAUGAUAAGAGGGGUUCAGAUAUCAUGGUGUCUGUUGUUUCAGUAAUGAUGAAGGGGUUCAGAUAUCAUGGUGACUGUUGUUUCAGUAAUGAUAAGAGGGGUUCAGAUAUCAUGGUGUCUGUUGUUUCAGUAAUGAUGAAGGGGUUCAGAUAUCAUGGUGACUGUUGUUUCAGUAUUGAUAAGAGGGGUUCAGAUAUCAUGGUGUCUGUUGUUUCAGUAAUGAUGAAGGGGUUCAGAUAUCAUGGUGACUGUUUCAGUAAUGAUGAAGGGGUUCAGAUAUCAUGGUGUCUGUUGUUUCAGUAAUAAUGAAGGGGUUCAGAUAUCAUGGUGUCUGUUGUUUCAGUCAUCAUCGUGCUUCUACACCUGCAUUGCUUGCUGUUUGGGAUUUUAAGGCUGGGUUUCUGUACAGCACUUUGAGAUAUCAGCUGAUGUAAGAAGGGCUUUAUAAAUCGAUUUGAUUUGAUGUCUUUGGCCUCAUUGAGUACCUGGGGCUCAGUUCCAAAGUUACUUAUAAAUUAUUAACAUAUAACUUAGAGGGAAGCAAUGUUAUUUGGGCAUGCAUUCUAAGUGGUGUGCUAGAAUGGACAUUGGUGCGUAAGCUGGGUUUUAUUAUAUUCAGUUACUUAAUUCUACAAGUAUGUCACUUACUUUAUUUACCUUUAUACCAUUUGUAGUUUAUUAGAGAUCAACUGUUUGUCCAUGGAUGUUAUACAUGGACCAACAAAUGUGGAAUGUUGAAACCAAGAUAUGAGAGAAACGGUGACGUACAGGCACGUCUCUGACGUGAAACCGAGCACGUCUGCAAACAUUGAAUUGGACUUUGUCUAAAUACUGUAUUGCUCAAACGUAAAUAAGAAAGUGUAUUUCCUAAUACCUGAUUAUUUUAUUGGGGGUAUUCUCUAGCACUGUGUGUGUUUUAACUUGUUCUUCACCUGAAUUCAUCACCAUUUUUUUAUGUCUUGGUUAUUUAAAAUGUAUGCAAUAUGAAAGAGAUUAUCUAUUAAACAUUUUCAUGUUUUCACCCCCAUGGGUAAUGUUAUGGAAUUAUAUAUAUAAGGGGAUUUCCUAUGUAGGGAAAAAUAUAGUUGUUGACAAUAAAAUUUGUUUUCAAUAGAU